AUGGACAACGAAGAUAAACCAAUUCAGUAUUUUAAGAGAAAGCUUGAGAGGAAGGUCAACAGAGCAGAGAAUAAAAGAGCCAGACUUGAAAAUAUUUCUUCGAUUCUUCGUAAAUCUUUCAUUGAUUCAUUAGAAGAUUCCAAUUCAGAUGAGAGUCAAAGUGGUGAUAGCACUACUCAAGAAGUUAGAAUGCAAGAAAAUUGCAAUGAAGAUGAAAAUAAUGAUAGUCACAAUAAUUUUAAUGAUGAUAACAAUCAUUCGAGUGAUGAUGUUGAGAUUAAUGAUAAUGAUAGUGAUGAUAGUAAUGAUAGUAGUGCUGGUGAUGAGCACGAUAUAAGUGAUGACUCGGAAUUUAAUGAAUCUGCAAAUUCUGAUAUAGAUCCUGACAAUCAAAUAGAAAUUAAUUUUGAAAAUAAUGAAGAAAGGGAAGCAUAUUUCAUUAGUGUUGCGUACUUGGGCCUUAUUAGAGAGUGGCUUGUUCUUCAUGCGUAA